AUGUCCUACCACCAGCGUCCGGAAGACGACGGACUGGCAUAUGGAGAUGACUAUUCGCAAUCCCGUGGAAGCGGUGCACAAGACGGCACGGAUCGAUCGUUGCUUGGAGACACAUUCAAGAAGUUCAGAUCUGAGCUGGACAAGUACAAGUCUAGUUCUUCCUCCUCCCCAAAUUAUGGCUACUCCGGUUCCGGCUCCGGCUCCAAUCAGCAGUAUUAUGGCCAGCAAGGUCCCAGUACUGGAUAUCCCCAGAUAGGCCAGUCUGCCUACCCGGGAGGCCCGCCUACUCAGCAACCCGGAGGGCGACCUGAUCUCGCGUCCAAGCUCUUUGGUGGAUUGCAGAACACUCUUCAGAACAUCGGCUCGGACGUCACAAACUUGCUGGGGCCAGGAAACCGACCUUCUUCGCAAUAUGGACCACCGGCUCCAGGACAGAGUACUUAUGCAGGCUAUACGAAUGUGCCAGUUCCGCAAAGCAUCCCCUCGGGUCCAAACCGGUAUGACAGCUUCGCUUCAGAGAAACCAGGCAACGACGUCAAGUGGUAUGUCGACGGGUGUGGCUACUUCUGGGCAGUCAGUCAAGCGCUCGAAGGAGCAAAGCACUCGAUCUGGAUAUUGGAUUGGUGGCUGUCGCCUGAACUGUAUCUCCGCCGGCCACCCUCUCAGAACGAGCAAUGGAGACUCGAUCGGACAUUGCAACGGGCAGCACAACGCGGCGUCAAAGUCAAAGUGAUUGUCUACAAAGAAGUCACGCAAGCUUUGACUCUUUCUUCCGCACAUACGAAACACGAACUCGAGAAGCUACAUCCCAACAUUGCGGUGUUUCGUCACCCGGACCAUCUACCAGAUGCUCAGACGGCUCAGUCGUCCCUCAUAUCUUCUUUCCAAGCUCUGAAGCUUGAUGCCGCAGGACUUUCGAAGCUUGGUGGGGACACCCUCAAAGGAAUAUACGGCGUGACGGACGAUGUCAUCCUGUACUGGGCUCACCAUGAGAAGCUAUGCUUGAUUGACGACAAGAUUGCCUUCAUGGGCGGCUUGGAUCUCUGUUUUGGUAGAUGGGAUACAAACCAGCAUUCAAUCGCUGAUGCACAUCCCUCGAACAUCAACGAUAUCGUCUUUCCGGGUCAGGAUUACAACAACGCUAGAGUCAUGGAUUUUAGCGAUGUUGCUCAACCAUUCCAGAACAAACUCGACAGGACCAAGAACUCGAGGAUGGGCUGGUCGGAUAUCGGCAUUUGCUUGCAAGGAGCUUGUGUAUUGGACCUUCGUCACCACUUCGUUGACAGAUGGAACUUCAUUUAUGACGAGAAAUACAAUGUCCGCAAAGACCAACGGUACUACAGGCUUCUUGACGAUUUCCCUCACCCUCCAGCUGGCCCAGGUCAGCGACCUCAACCACGGCCACAGUCUCAAGGGCACCUCCAACCUCCUGCUCCCGCCGGCGGAUAUGCACCACCCCCAGGCAGUCAACCGUACUCAGAACCGGCGUGGCAUACAACCAGCCGGCCGCACACGCCGAACGCGGGUCAAUAUCAGAGCCAGGCAGGAACUGAUGCCGGUGGAUAUGGGGCAACAACUCCUUCUGCACCAGGCGUUCAAACCCUCUCGCAACAUCCUGACGCACAGUAUGGACAGACCACGGCCUCUUUUGGCCCAGGAGCCCAAACACAAGCUCCGUCUCAGACUUCUGCGAGUGCCUAUGGCCAGUUUCCUCCCCCUCCACCACAGGCUCCCGUACAGACCUCUGCCGGUGCCUACGGCCAACCUGCCCCUCUGAUGCACCCACCCCAUCCGUCUUCAUCCGACGCUUAUAGUCAAGUGUACAGCCCGCCGCCACACGCAACUCCUCCACCUGCUAUGAGUACUUACGGUCAAGUCUCCAGCCCUCCACCACCGGCAGCCGCAGUUCAACAGCCAGUGAGCACGGGAGGCAGUUAUCAACAGCCUCCGGCCCAGUCCAUUCCGCCGAACUUCCCACCUCCGCCUCCUGGACCUCCCCCCCAACCGUCACCGGGCCCAACACAUGUUUAUCCAGGAUAUCCGCCACCGCCCAGCGCAAAUGCUCCUUAUGCACCGUAUCAUCAAGAAGUCUCAGAGCUUUCAUCUCAGCAAUCACCUCCCCAGUCGUACCAGCAUCAGCCCUAUCAAGCUUAUCAACCGGCCGAUGCAGGGCAAGCUCGUGGUUUUGACGAAUACGACCAAGACGCUAGCAGGGGAUUUGAUGAUUAUGGACAAGGUAGCGAGUCUGAAAGAGGCCUUCGGGGGCGAUUUGACCAGUACAAAACCGAGGGGAAACUUCUGGGUCAACAAUUCUCGUCGAUCGGCAAUGCUGUCUCAAGCGGGCUUGGGGACAAAGCGCACCAGCUUCAAGGCAAAUACUUUGGUGGCACUGACUCCUACGGGCGCCCGUAUGGUCAGCCACGGCCGGUCAUGACGUGUCAGCUUCUUCGGAGCUGUACAACAUGGAGCAAUGGAACUCCCCUCGAGCAUUCUAUUCAGAAUGCAUACAUCGAUGUGAUUCGUAACAGUCAGCAUUUUGUCUACAUCGAGAAUCAAUUCUUCAUUACCGCCACAGGCGACCAACAGAAACCUGUCAAAAACCUGAUCGGUCAAGCCAUAGUUGAACGGAUCCUCCGAGCAGCCCGGAACAAUGAGAAAUACAAAAUGAUUGUCGUCAUCCCCGCAGUACCAGCAUUUGCAGGCGAUCUUCGGGACGAUUCUUCACUGGCCACCCGAGCCAUCAUGGAGUUUCAGUACAACAGCAUCAACCGUGGUGGACACAGCAUCAUGGAAAAAAUAGCGCAAGCCGGCUUCAAUCCUAUGGAUUAUAUUCGAUUCUAUAACCUCCGGAACUACGAUCGAAUCAAUUGCAGCAAUACCAUGCAACAAGUCGAGCAGCACAGCGGAGUGAGAUACGAAGAUGCCCGGAAACAGCACGAUGACGCUGUGGGAGCCGGCUAUGGGCAGUACGGCGAGAAGACAGGGACCACUCAACUGUCUCAGGCCCCUCAGUACCAGCAGUAUCAGACCACCGCACAGCAAACGACAACCCCUGGAAGUGGUCGGUGGGACAGUGUGGCGGAAUGUUACAUGCUCGGCGGCCAGGACAUACGCACCGUCCCCUGGGACGGCGCUCCUGAAGCCGAGCUCGAUGCAUUCGUUAGCGAGGAGCUGUACAUUCAUUCAAAGUGUCUCAUCGCGGACGAUCGAAUUGUCAUCGUCGGGUCUGCCAACCUGAACGACCGAAGCCAAGUAGGAUCACACGACAGUGAAAUCGCUCUGCUGAUCAACGACUCGACGCCCGUACAGUCGUACAUGAAUGGCCAACCGUAUCAGGCAAACGGUUUCGCAGCCUCUCUGCGCAGACAGCUGGUCCGAAAACAUCUCGGAUUGGUCCGACCUCAACAUUUCUUUAGACCUGAUCCCAAUUUCGACCCAGUCGGGGUACCCAAUGUGUAUGACUGGGGCUCACCCGAAGACAAUGUCGUGGCAGAUCCUCUGAGCGACACCUUCCAGGCCCUGUGGAACAGUCGAGCACGAACGAACACCGAGGUCUUUAGAAGGGCGUUCCGUGCUGUCCCCGACGACUUUGUGACGACGUGGGGCGAUUACAAGGAGUUUUAUGAGUACUUCUACCGCCACGCUGACAUGGAGGCUCAGGGCAAGCCAAGCAAACUUCCACCCCGGGUCGAGUACGGACAUGUUGUCAGGGCAGAUUUCCCCGGAGGGGUGAGUGAGUUGAAGGAACUUCUGAGUCAAGUGAAGGGUACCCUGGUCGAGAUGCCACUGUGUUUUCUCCAAAACGAAGACAUUGCUAAAGAAGGACUGACUUUGAAUCCGCUGACGGAAGAAGUGUAUACGUGA